AUGUUGCUUGUUAUUAAAGUAUCUGUCGUACUCAAGUACAAGGAGACAGAUCAUGUGAAAGUAUUAGCUCUCACUUUUCUGUGAGAUUGUCUGUGUUGAGAGGAUGUUGGGAUGAGGUACCGUCUGACGGAUACCCCUCCUUUCCUUACACCCUGGCCCAUGCUCUGUGACAGAACCAACUGAUGUACUCUUCUCUCUGACAGACGAGUAAAAACCAGAUAAAGGUGGACCUGGUGGAUGAGAACUUCACAGAGCUGAAGGGGGAGAUCGCAGGGCCACCUGACACACCGUAUGAAGGUGAGAGGCCUGACUUUGGAAUUUAGACAGACUGGUUUACCUGGGACAGACUUAACCUGGGUUUACUUGAAGGCUGAGGCCAACUUCCUAACUUACCACAAUAGGAUUCAAAGCACUUUUACCUCAAGGGAGCGUGGCUCAUGUCAUGCAAAAGGAUACAGAAGAUUUCUUUCUGUGAUAUUUUUUAUUUUUUUUGUUCAGGUGGUAGAUAUCAACUAGAAAUAAAAAUUCCAGAAACAUAUCCCUUCAAUCCACCAAAGGUAGGUAGGUUUGUGUGUAUAUAUAGUACCAGUCAAAAGUUUGGACACACCUACUCAUUCAAGGGUUGUUCUUUAUUUGUACUAUUUUCUAUAUUGAAGAAUAAUAGUGAAGACUUCAAAACUAUGAAAUAACACAUAUGCAUUCAUGUAGUAACCAAAAAAGUGUUAAACAAAUCAAAAUGUAUUUUAUAUUUGAGAUUCUUCAAAUAGCCACCCUUUGCCUUGAUGACAGCUUUGCACACUCUUGACAUUCUCUCAUCCAGCUUCACAUGGAAUGCUUUUCCAACAGUCUUGAAGGACUUCCCACAUAUGCUGAACACUUGUUGGCUGCUUUUCCUUCACUCUGCGGUCCGACUCAUCCCAAACCAUCUCAAUUGCGUUGAGGUCGGGGGAUUGUGGAGGCCAGGUCAUCUGAUGCAGCAUUCCAUCCCUCUCCUUCUUGGUAAAAUAGCCCUUACACAGCUGGGAGGUGUGUUGGGUCAUUGUCCUGUUGAAAAACAAAUGAUAGUCCCACUAAGCCCAAACCAGAUGUGAUGACGUAUGGCUGCAGAAUGCUGUGGUAGCCAUGCUGGUUAAGUGUGCCUUGAAUUCUAAAUAAAUCACAGACAGUGUCAUCAGCAAAGCACCUCCAUACCAUAACACCACCUCCUCCAUGCUUUACGGUGGGAACUACACAUGCAGAGGUAAUCCAUUCACCCACACCGCGUCUCACAAAGACACAGCGGUUGGAACCAAAAAUCUCAAAUUUGGACUCCAGACCAAAGGACAAAUUUCCACCGGUCUAAUGUCCAUUGCUCGUGUUUCUUGGCCCAAGCAGGUCUCUUCUUCUUAUUGGUGUCCUUUAGUAGUGGUUUCUUUGCAGCAAUUCGACCAUGAAGGCCUGAUUCACACAGUCCCCUCUGAACAGUUGAUGUUGAGAUGCGUCUGUGACUUGAACUCUGUGAAGCAUUUAUUUGGGCUGCAAUUUCUGAGGCUGGUAACUCUAAUGAACUUAUCCUCUGCAGCAGAGGUAACUCUGGGUCUUCCAUUCCUGUGGCGGUCCUCAUGAGAGCCAGUUUCAUCAUAGCACUUGAUGGUUUUUGCGACUGCACUUGAAGAAACUUUCAAAGUUCUUGACAUUUUCCGUAUUGACUGACCUUCAUGUCUUAAAGUGAUGAUGGACUGUCGUUUCUCUUUGCUUGUUUGAGCUGUUCUUGCCAUAAUAUGGACUUGGUCUUUUACCAAAUAGGGCUAUCUUCUGUAUACCCCCCCUACCUUGUCACAACACAACUGAUUGUCUCAAACGCAUUAAGAAGGAAAUAAAUUCCACCAAUUAAAUUUAAGAAGGCAUACCUGUUAAUUGAAAUGCAUUCCAGUUGACUACCUCAUGAAGCUGGUUGAGAGAAUGCCAAGAGUGUGCAAAGCUGUCAUCAAGGCAAAGGGUGGCUAUUUGAAGAAUCUCAUAUUUUGAUUUGUUUAACACUUUGUUGCUUACUACAUGAUUCCAUAUGCGUUAUUUCAUAGUUUUGAUGUCUUCACUAUUAUUCUACAAUGUAACAAAUAGUAAAAAUAAAGAAAAACCCUUGAAUGAGUAGCUGUGUCCAAACUUUUGACUGGUAGUGUGUGUGUGUGUGUGUGUGUGUGUGUGUGUGUGUGUGUGUGUGUGUAUAUACACAGUGGUGUGAAAGUGUUUGCCCCCUUCCUGAUUUCUUAUUUGUUUACAUGUUUGUCACACGUAAAUGUUUCAGAUCAUCAAACAAAUUUAAAUAUUAGUCAAAGAUAACGCAAGUAAACACAAUGCAGUUUUGAAAUGAAGGUUGUUAUUAUUAAUGGAAAACAAAAUCCAAACCCACAUGGCCCUGUGUGAAAAAGUGAUUGCCCCCUACAACCUAAUAACUGGUUGGGCCACCCUUAGCAGCAACAACUGCAAUCAAGCGUUUGCGAUAACUUGCAAUGAGUUUUUUACAGCGCUGUGGAGGAAUUUUGGCCCACUCAUCUUUGCAGAAUUGUUGUAAUUCAGCCACAUUGGAGGGUUUUCGAGCAUGAACUGCCUUAAGGUCAUGCCAUAGCAUCUCAAUAUGAUUCAGGUCAGGACUUUGACUAGGCCACUCCAAAGUCUUCAUUUUGUUUUUCUUCAGCCAUUCAGAGGUGGACUCGCUUGUGUGUUUUGGAUCAUUGUCCUGCUGCAGAACCCAAGUUCGCUUCAGCUUGAGGUCACGAACAGAUGGCCGGACAUUCUCCUUCAGGAUUUUUUGGUAGACAGCAGAAUUCAUGGUUCCAUUUAUCACAGCAAGUCUUCCAGGUCCUGAAGCAGCAUAACAGGCCCAGACCAUCACACUACGACCACCAUAUUUUACUGUUGGUAUGAUGUUCUUUUUCUGAAAUGCGGUGUUACUUUUACGCCAGAUGUAAUGGGACACACACCUUCCAAAAAGUUCAACUUUUGUCUCGUCAGUCCACAGAGUUUUUUCCCAAAGGUCUUGGGGAUCAUCAAGAUGUUUUCUGGCAAAAAUGAGACAAGCUUUAAUGUCACUUUUUGCUCAGCAGUGGUUUUCAUCUUGGAAGUCUGCCAUGCAGGCCAUUUUUGCCCAGUCUCUUUCUUAUGGAGGAGUCAUGAACACUGACCUUAACUGAGGCAAGUGAGGCCUGCAGCUCUUUGGAUGUUGUUGUGGGGUCUUUUGUGACCUCUUGGAUGAGUCGUCGCUGCGCUCUUGGGGUAAUUUUGGUCGGCCGGCCACUCCUGGGAAGGUUCACCACUGUUCCAUGUUUUCGCCAUUUGUGGAUAAUGGCUCUCACUGUGGUUCGCUGGAGUCCCAAAUCUUUAGAAAUGGCUUUAUAACCUUUUCCAGACUGAUGGAUCUCAAUUACUUUCUUUCUCAUUUGUUCUUGAAUUUCUUUGGAUCUCGGCAUGACGUCUAGCUUUUGAGGAUCUUUUGGUCUACUUCACUUUGUCAGGCAGGUCCUAUUUAAGUGAUUCCUUGAUUGAGAACAGGUGUGGCAGUAAUCAGGCCUGGGUGUGGCUAGAGUAAUUGAACUCAGGUGUGAUAAACCACAGUUGAGUUGUGUUAUAACAGGGGGGGGGCAAACACUUUUUCACACAGGGCCAUGUAGGUUUGGAGUUUGUUUUCCAUUAAUAAUAACAACCUUCAUUUCAAAACUGCAUUUUGUGUUUACUUGUGUUAUCUUUGACUAAUAUUUAAAUGUGUUUGAUCUGAAACAUUUAAGUGUGACACAUGCAAACAAAUAACAAAUCAGGAAGGGGGCAAACACUUUUUCACACCACUGUAUAUAUCUCAAACAUAUUCUGAUGUUUGUUGUGUAUUUUGUCAACAUUGACCGGUGCCAGGGUGAAGUCCCUUGCUAAUUCAUUUGCUUGUUUAUGUGCUUCCCCUGGCCCCCCAGGUGCGAUUUAUCACGAAGAUUUGGCAUCCCAACAUCAGCUCAGUCACAGGUGCAAUAUGUCUGGACAUCCUCAAAGACCAGUGGUGAGUCACCUUUUUUCAAUACUCUUAAAUUCAAUUUUUUUCAUUGUCAUGUCUUGGUUAAGACUGAUCCCAGUUCGUACUGCUCUGUGUACCCUCUGUGUGUCUGACAGGGCGGCAGCUAUGACGCUGAGGACAGUGCUGCUGUCACUACAGGCCUUACUGGCAGCUGCAGAACCAGACGACCCACAGGACGCUGUAGUGGCCAAUCAGGUGAGAGGAACACUGUGUGCAUGUGUGGGAGAGGGAGCGCAUGCAUAAGUAUGCCUGUAAUGUCUUUGUAGAUUUUCUAAUGUGUUUUUUAGACUUGCUCUGUCUCCCCACUGCUUUAUUCUACAAUGGGUUGAGCAAAACAAGCAUUGCGGUUGGUUGAGACGCGUUCUAAACCAUACUGAAAAAUCAGUUUAGCACGGGUAAGCCUAUGAUGCAAAAAUGGGCAUCUUGUGUUCUGUUCCAUCUGUAAAAAGUAUCUAGACGUUAUUUCCCCUUGCUUCUAGCCUAACAUUUGAUUUGGAACGACGGGGGUUUGUACCAACGUUCCUGUCUGUCUCUCGACAUUUGCAACAUUGUUUCAAUAUUGAAAUUCGAUCUCCACUGUCCUAUUGAGAAUUAACGUGUCAGGACGAGAUGGACAUCUUUUCUCAGCAGGUUGAAAUCAUGAAUCAGCAUCAUUUUUAUGGAUAUAUACAAAGAGAUGUCCAUAGAAAAACAGGUCAAACGAAAUGAAAUGCAGCUACUUUGCUGUUAUUCUAGUGACUGUGUUAGCCAUAGUUGGCUGGCUAGCUAGCAAGCAAGCGAUAAGAGCAUUGCCAGCCAGCAUGGGAACGGAACAUUUAGAACGAAUGACUGGGAUAUAGAACAAAGACUUAACGACUGGGUCGCGACUCUGGCAGCCUAACCGAUAGAAUGAACGGCCAGCCGCCUUGGCUAGCAACCGUAAAUGCGUCGGGGCUAGCCUAUAUUUCUGUUGAGGGAUGAAAUAGUAGCCUAUGAAUACAUUGAUCAAAAUAUAUAUUUUUAAUUGGUAACCCGCUGUAGAAAAGCUAUUGUACAUUCGAGGUUGUACAAAACAACUUCUUUAUCACUAAAAAAGUGCUAAAAAAAGUAGUUUAGCACGCCCUCUCGUGUACAAUUGCUUUACUAAAUUGUAGCCUAGUGAGGUUUUUUUAUACUGCUGUCUUGCUGCCUACUCAGUGUUGUGUGUUCUCACUCUUUAGUAUAAGCAGAACCCAGAGAUGUUCAAACAGACGGCCAGACUCUGGUCUCACGUGUACGCCGGCGCCCCCUCCUCCAGUCCAGAGUACACCCGCAAAAUAGACAAACUCUGUGCCAUGGGCUUCGAUAAAGUGAGUGGGCCCCAUGUGACCAGCUCUAUUACUGUCUCAGUGGUCGAUACCUUCAUAACUCAUUUACAUUUUAAUAUGGUUCACCAAUGGAUCUGUUUUGUGUUCGAAUACUGUAGCAUAGUUAUGACUGUGUUAUAAACUUCCUUCUCUCCUGUUUGUCCCGUCUCCACAGAAUGCAGUAAUAGUGGCGUUGUCGUCGAAAUCCUGGGACGUGGAGACGGCGACAGAGCUACUGCUC